AUGACAAUAUUGAACUCUGGAACAACACGUUAUCUAAUUGAAGAAAAACGUUUAUCAUUAGAUCAUAGAUUUACUAUAACGGAUAAUACAGGAAAUAUUCAUUAUAAAGGUAGUUCGACAUUCUUUGCCAUUGGUGACAAACUUUUACUAUGUGAUGAAAAUGGAAAAGAACUAAUUCGAAUUCGUCAAGAAAAUUUCCAUUUCCAUUUAACGUAUAAAUUAUUUAUUGUUCGUACUCCUGGUAUUGAGCAUCAAAUAGCAUUCAUAAAAAGAACUGGUCCAAUGUGGCACCAUAUAUUAGAAAUACGUUCUAAUAAUGGUGAAUAUAAAUUGUACAGAACCGGUAAUCUAGCUUCGAAAGAAUAUACUUUAAUAAAAAACAAUAAUAUCAUUGCAAUUAUUACAAAAGACGCUUCAGCUACAAAAAAUUUCUAUUGGGUAGAUAUCCUAGAUGGAAAUGGAGAAGAUCAUGUUUUUAUAUUAGCUCUCGUGAUUGUCUCGUCAAGUGCACAACGUUUACUAAGUAGUCCUAUUGCAAUGCCUCAUAUGAAUAAACCUUAA